UGGGGAAGUGUCAUUGUUAGGCCCUUUCAAACCAUCAGCCUUCCCUUCCCUUCUCAGGGGCGUUCCUUGACUUGAAGCUGGGUUUCGAGCUAACAGGACAGUGCACACGAGACAGCGCUCUCCAUGGAUCUGCCUUAUUACCACGGCCCUCUGACCAAGCAGGACUGUGAAGCGUUGCUGCUCCAGGAAGGCGUGGAUGGCAACUUCCUGCUAAGAGACAGCGAGUCCAUACCAGGAGUCCUGUGCCUCUGUGUCUCGUUUAAAAAUUUUGUCUAUACAUACCGAAUCUCCAGAGAGAAGAAUGGGCAUUACAAGAUAAAGACUGCAAAAGGCACCCCUGAGCAGCUCUUCCCAAACCUGAAAGAAUUGAUCUCCAAAUUUGAAAAGCCAGGUCAAGGGCUGGUGGUUCAGCUUUUGAAACCCAUCUGGAGAACCAGGCCCUGCCCACCAUGGAGAAGAUCAGAAUCAAAGUUGGAUACUGUUUAUGAAAACACUGACCACGAUUAUGUGCAUGUCUUGCCUUGAAGAUACGGCACCUGGAGAAAGCAAGUGAGAGAAGAGGUGAGUGGCAGCGAUCACCAGCAACUCCUGCUCCUGCAGGGGCAGGACCAGAAUGCCAGGUUCCAGUGAACAAGACUGACUUUCCUCACUUGAGUAACUGAAGAUCCAGACAAGCCACUCUCCAUAUCCCUGUUUCCAAGGCAUACCUCAAAAGAAGUUUCCAGGAUCCCGAUUCACAUCUUGCUCUUCUUUCUUGGAAUGGGACAACCUGAACAUACUUUCUUUAUCCUGUGCAAGGUCCUACCACUGCAUCAUGACUGAAACCCUCUUUUGGACAGAGGGGCAGCUUCAUACCAAGGAGUGCAUGCUUGGCCUUGUGUUUGGAACCUCGAGUGCAAGCCCUACACUGUUUCGUUUGGUGGGGAGGGACUUUCCUCUUCUUUAAAUCUCGUAUUUUAAGAUUUAUUUGUUUUUAUUUGAAAGGCAGAUUUUUACAGGGACAGAAAAGGAGUGACACACAGAGAAGUUGUCCAUUCAUUGUUUCACUUCCCAAAAUGCAGCUAAUUCAAAGCUGAGAGCCAUGAACUUUUUCUGGCUUCCCAUAUGGGUUCAGGGGCCCUAGCCCUAGGGUCAUCCUCCACUGAGUUCCCAGACAUAAGCAGGGAACUGAAUUAGAAGCUUGAACCAGUGCCCAUAUAGGAUGCUCAUGCUUGAAGGUAAAGGAUUAGGCUGCUAAGUUACUGUGCCAGCCCUUAGGUCUCAGUGUCUUCAUCUGUAGUCAUGCUGUGAACCUGGUUGUGGGAAAGCUGGGAGCACUGGAUAUUUGUACAGCAUCAGUAGAAUCAGGCUCUCAAGCUAUCAUGUUUUGUAUACCUGUCUGUAUUGGGUUCAGUCAUGGUGGGGGCCUUGAUCCACCAUGCACACUCAUCUCCAGCCUGGCUAUCUCCCCACUAACUCUUCUCAUUUCUUUUCAUGAUCUUUUUGCUAAACAGUGACCCAAACUCACUUCCUUCCUGAAUUUGACUGAUGCAGCUGGAGGGAUAUGGCUCCAUUCAAUGAUGCAUGUGGGUGUUGCUAAGAUAUCCCCCAUGUGUGGUUCCCAUUCCCACCAGGUUCUCAGGGUCUCAGAACUCAGAAGCUCUGAAUCCUCCACAACUUGUGCUAAUGUGGGCUGCACGGAGGCAUGUCCAUUCACAGGGACUACUGACUGGAAGCACAUUGCUGAAAGGGUUGGUGUAUGGUUUCUAUAGCCCCUCUAAUUUUUCUACUGUUCAAAAUCUUAAGACCUGCUUCAUUCUGAAUGCACCAAGCUCUACGCUUUCUCUUGCCAAUCUUUAAAACCUAAUGGUUUGUUUCACCCCAUUGGUUUUCCAGCCUUGUUGGAGAAAGGAACUCUGGUUUUCCAGACUAGAUGAGCAGGAAUUGUGGCUGGGGUCCCAAUGUGCAAGCCAUGUUCAUUUCUUCUAUCAGGACAAUUCAUGGUUACUACGAAGUAGACAAAAGGUGAAAUGAAAGCCAUAUUCAGGAAUCUGAGGAAGCCAAGGCCUCUGGUCAGGUCAGCAGAAGAUGCUAGAAGCAAGCCUGUUCUCGGAGGCAACUUGCAGUUCUACAUCUUGGGUUCUUUCUCCAGGAAACAUACUAUGAUGUCUAUUUCAUUUCUGGAGCUAGUAGAAUUUUUCUUUCGUUUGGAACAUAAAAUACAUUCAAUGAGUAUUUGUUGGAUAAGUCAAUAUGUAAAAUGUGGUCACUAAUUCUGAAUGGCAGAGAUUUGUUUAGGUUCUAUGUUUAGGUUCUUCCAAACCCAA